UCAUUGCAGCCCAUUGCCCGUCGGUCGAACUAUUGACGUUUCAUUUUGGGGGCGGGUAUCAACUACAAUUUUUCAAUAUUUUCCGAUAUUGCUCUAAAAUGAGUUUACAGGGCUGGCUUUUAUGGUGAAAAAAUAAAUAUUCUGAUAGAUGUCCCAACUAAUCAUUACGUAAUUUCUCGGCAAGAUGAUUGGGGGGCUGUUCGUAUACAACCACAAAGGGGAGGUGUUGAUAUCUCGGGUGUACCGUGAUGAUAUCGGUCGUAAUGCCGUGGAUGCGUUCAGGGUGAACGUGAUCCACGCUCGUCAGCAGGUUCGCUCGCCUGUCACCAACAUCGCUAGGACAUCAUUUUUUCAUAUAAAGAGAGCCAACAUUUGGCUAGCGGCGGUCACGAAGCAGAAUGUCAACGCCGCUAUGGUGUUUGAAUUCCUAUUGAAGAUCAUUGAUGUGAUGCAGUCUUACUUCGGAAAGAUAUCCGAAGAAAACAUCAAGAAUAACUUCGUGCUCAUCUACGAACUGCUGGAUGAAAUCCUGGACUUUGGUUACCCUCAGAACUCGGAUACCGGAGUCCUGAAGACAUUUAUCACUCAGCAAGGAAUCAAGUCGGCCACCAAGGAAGAACAGGCUCUCAUUACAUCACAGGUGACUGGCCAGAUCGGCUGGCGUCGUGAAGGCAUCAAGUAUCGGCGUAAUGAGUUGUUCCUCGAUGUACUGGAGUAUGUCAAUUUAUUGAUGUCACCUCAAGGUCAAGUUUUGUCGGCUCAUGUUGCCGGUAAGGUGGUGAUGAAGUCUUACCUGUCAGGAAUGCCGGAAUGCAAGUUUGGCAUUAAUGAUAAAAUUGUCAUGGAAGCCAAGGGCAAAGGCAACGGCGGCAUCUCCGGCAACACGGACAGUGACCCAGCUCGCUCCGGUAAACCUGUAGUCGUAAUUGAUGACUGUCAGUUCCACCAGUGCGUGAAGCUCAGCAAGUUUGAGACGGAGCACUCUAUAUCGUUCAUACCGCCCGAUGGAGAGUUUGAACUCAUGAGAUACCGUACAACAAAGGAUAUAUCCCUGCCGUUCCGUGUGAUCCCCUUGGUGCGUGAAGUCGGUCGCACCAAGAUGGAAGUGAAGGUAGUGCUGAAGUCAAACUUCAAGCCGUCGCUCCUGGGGCAGAAGAUCGAAGUGAAGAUCCCGACACCGCUGAACACGAGCGGGGUGCAGUUGAUCUGUCUGAAGGGGAAGGCCAAGUACAAGCCCUCAGAGAACGCUAUUGUGUGGAAGAUCAAGCGUAUGGCUGGUAUGAAGGAGACCCAGUUGUCCGCUGAGAUCGAGCUCCUGGAGACUGACACCAAGAAGAAGUGGACGCGGCCACCCAUCUCCAUGGGAUUCGAAGUGCCCUUCGCACCUUCCGGCUUCAAGGUCCGUUAUCUGAAGGUGUUCGAGCCCAAGCUGAACUACUCUGAUCACGAUGUUAUUAAAUGGGUCCGGUACAUCGGACGUUCCGGGCUGUACGAGACGCGCUGUUAACUCCUGCCAACUGCUCUCCUGGUGGCGUGUUACAUUAUUAAUUUGUAUAUAAUACAGUAUUGUUCGCGGGAUCGCUGUGUUCAAAGCCGGUUCGUGUAGAGGGAGCUGUGACUUGGUGACGUCAUCGAUAGAGUGAAAUAAAGUACCAAACAAACUCAAAAUAGAGCGAAAAUGGUUGCAAGUCAUUCGUUCUGUAUUUUCCUCGGUUGUUCGUUAAUGAAAACAUGGACAGGUCGCUGCUGUCUCUAAACGGACUGAAUGUAUCACAUUUUAGUAGAAUCUCAUACUAACAUGCUUUCAUAGGAGAUGUAUAAUAAAGCAACUUUGAGCUAAUAAUUAAAUUUAAAUUUUUAAUUUAAUUUUUAUUUUUAUUUUAUAUACAGUUUAAUUUAAAUUUAAUUGCUGGUGUAUAUUCCAUUUUAAAUUCAUGGUUGGAACAUAGCAUUGUCGGACAUAAGAAUAUGAUUAUAAUUGUUUUUUUUAGUAGAAAAUUUUUCCGUGCUUGUUGUAAUUCUAACAUAUAAAUAUCAUUAAUAUAUAAAAAUAUAUUUUUUCCAUCAUUGAUAACUGAGCUGAACUAGUACAGAUGUAUGUAAUACUUAAUGUUCAUCAAUGUUCAUAGUUUAUAGAUUUUCUAUAGCAUUCCUUAAACGUUUCUGCUAAGAACUGUUCACUACAGCUAUAUAGUGUUUCAUGUACAUGUAGAUACAGGAUGUUCACUGUAUGUGUCGGGGUUUAUUAGUGUGGCUCAUGCAGGCAUUUUUAAAUAUUAUUUUGGUGUAGAAUCAUAAUCGUGUCGUGACAUAUAGUUAUGUAAUGUUUUACAUAUGAUUGUUUAGGGUCCGGUGUGGAGCCACGUGUUAGAUCGCUUAUAGUAUAGCAUGUUAUACAUAUAUAAUAAACGUUUGAAAUCUA